UUAGCACCAACAAUUGACAUAUUCACUAGUGCAUGCAAAACUACUCAAGAGACAAAACAUAAAAAAGAUAAGAAUAGAAAACAGAGUAGAGAGAUUGAGUUGAGAUAUGGCUUCUAUGGUUAUGACAGCCUCCUCAUUCGCAAGUGGCUCAGCCAUGACCAUGGCCAAGCCCACCACAACAACAAGCCGCCGGGGUGUCAUGGUGGCUGCCAAGGCCUCAGCAGCAGCAGCCUCAGAGGGUGAGAAGGUGAGCUUGCAAAUGAAGAAGAACAAGGAAGAGAGCAGCAGUGGGAGGAGAGACUUGAUGAUGGCCGUGGCAGCGGCGGCUGUCUGCUCCAUUGCCAAGGUUGCCAUGGCUGAUGAGCCACCAAGGGGAACCCCAGAAGCCAAGAAGAAGUAUGCUCCUGUUUGUGUCACAAUGCCAACAGCUCGUAUCUGCCGCAAGUGAGGAAGUAGCACUAGUUGUUUUUCUUGAUCCACUUGUUAAAAUGUUGAUUGGUGGUGGUGGUGCUGUAUAAUUGUAAAAUUUGUAUUGCUCUCAUAUCCUUUUUAUUUGAACAAUCCAGUUCUUCUA